UGCUGUUUCAUUUUCAUGGUCAGAUCCGGCUGUCCUGGCCCUGUGCCGGUGCCGGUGCGGGUUCAAAUAACGGUCCGUGUGUGAGAAGAAGCGCUUUGACUUGCAGGUCGGGUCAGAUGAUGCUGGGAGGGGCCGGCUGGACUGGUACCGGGACCGGACGCGCUGUGAAUGUGACGGGUUCGGACAGCACCGACACCACCGGGCGGUGGAGGCUGAUUGCUGCUGUUUCCGAGGAGGAGAAGAGGAGGAGGUGUGAUUCUGCGGGGACUCUCCGCCUCCUUUUUCUUCCCCACGCAGGGAGCGCGCUGCGCGGCUUGGAGAGGCGUGACGCGCCCGAACCGCAUCUCCAGGAUGGCAGGUCCUCCUGAGGGGCCUUCGGCUCUUUGUAGCGGGACUGCACCGCCGGUCCUUUGAGGACGAUGGACGCUGUGACCUCGCCAGGCCCCAGCUCCAGCACCAGGACCAGGAUGGAACGCAGAACCUCGGCCUGCAGACAAACACUAGGUGUGGUCCUGCUGGUGGCUGGCACAUUGGUUUCCAUGGUGACCUCAAGUUCACCUGCUGCAGUUGUGCUGGAAUUCAACAGAACGACUGAUUCUUCGUCACAUCCGUCAUCACCAUCAUCAUCCUCCACCUCUUCUAGACCCUCACCUCCCAGCCACCCCUCAGACUCUGGAUACCACAGUAACGGUGGUGGUGCAGGCUCAGCAGAGGACCCAGACUCUGGUGCUCAGGGGAUCCACCUCCUCCUGAGACCUCCAGACCUCCUGUCCCCCAGUCUACCUCCACCACUUCCCCCACAUAGCCAGCCCACCCUCACUCCUCCUCCCCCCUGGGAACAGGGGCCCUCACUGGAGGAGGCCUGGGGGUCUGGGGACUACCUGGAGACUCUGUCCUUCAUGGUACCUGAAGGUGACGAGAUGGCCCUCGCCACGCCACUGCCCAGCCACCCCUAUGAUGGGGACAAUGGGGGGGACUGGGUCUCUUAUGACACCUCCUUUCCUGCUCGCCCCACCCUCUCACUGUCAUCCAAACUCCCCCUCUCCCCCUCCUCCUCAACCCCCAACAUUCCCCUUCACACUCAGCCUGCCCAUCCGGAUGUCUUCCCCACCUGGGAUGAGGACUAUGACUUGGAGGACAUGAUCCCACUGGAGCCGACGGAGUUGCUGCUGCCUGACAUGAACAGUCUGGAGUACUACACAAACCUGUUGGCUCGGGAGAGGGAGAGGGAGAGGGAGAGGGAGAAGGAGAAGGAGAAGGAGAAGGAGAAGGAGAGGGAAAAGGUAAAUGAGAACGACUCCAAACCUGUCCUUACACCUACAGCAACACACACCCACCAUCCUCCUUCUACCCCAUCCUCGAGCCCCAUUGCUCCUCUAGGAUUGGAGCCUAAGCAUCCCCCAAGACAGCCCACACCUCCCCUCAUCCUUACACCUAUCCUCACAGGUGAGGAGAAGACACCUGCUCCAUCAGCCACCCCCAAGAUCCCUUCCACCCCUACUGCUCUUGCUCCAAAACACAAAGACUAUGUCUCGGUCCCAAGCAGGCACCCUUCCCGACCCCCGUCCAACACCACCAGCUGGGUGCCUCCCCCUCCACCGCUGGGACCCCCCACCCGCCCUGAGAGGCCAGAGAGGCCCACAGUGGUCACUGAGAUGCCAGCAAAGGCUCCUCCCACCAAGGCCGCAACCACUACUAAGGCUACCACGACAACAACCACCGCCAUCAUCACCACCACCCAAAUCACAGCCAUCAGCCUGACCAGAGCCCCUCCAGUCACCACACCCAGAGUGGCCCAGACACCACCCACCAGACAAUACCUGUGCAAUGUCACCAAGCCAGAAAUGUACCUGGUCAGAGUAGUCAGCUCCAAAGGCUCGUCUGCUGGUUUCAGUCAGGUCCGAGAUCUUCUGAAAAAAGACUUCAACCGCUCAGUGGAGCUGCAGUUCUUAAGAACUCCAUCCAGUUUUGCCUUUCGCGUUGUGUCGGGACCGUUGAUCUUCACUGCCAUGUCCGUCAUCAAUGCCCUCCGCCGACCGCCGCCACGCUUCGGCCCCAUUCCCACAGUUUCACCACUGUACACCAUACCUGACCUCAGGUAUCAGAUCCACUCUGUGCUGCAGUUUGUUCCCACUCAUGUUGACAUCCGAGUCUGCAACUUCAGUGAACGGGUGGAGAGAGGGCUCACCAUGGCAUACGCAGAGACACGGAAGAGAUUACAUGAGGGAGGGAACGCCACCGUACAGUUGCUGAACAUCACCAUAAGCGUGGCCCGGCCAGCGGUGGAGCAGAAGGUUCCCGUCGACAUCACGUUUGCGGUGCGGGAUGGCCGGGGCUACCUGCCGGGGUCAGAGGUCAGUGAACACCUGAGGAAGCUCAGCCUGGUGGAGUUCAGCUUCUACGUGGGAUUUCCUGCGCUGCAGAUCGCUGAACCCUUUCACUACCCUGAGCUCAACACUUCACACCACCUGCGCUCCACCUGGGUCCGUACAGUCCUGCUGGGAGUUCAGGAGCAGCUGGUGGCUGAGAGAAGCUUUAAGGCUCGUCUGGAGAGACGCCUGGCUCUGCUGUUGGAGGAGGGACUGCAGGAAACCAGUAGGAGGCGCUGGAAGAGAGCCACAGCAGUGGGCAACAACAGUCUACAGGUGGUGCGGGUCUCCAGGCUGUCAGGGGCAGAGCGCCCUCUGGAGGUCUUUUACUUUGUGGAGGGUCCCAGUGGAGAGAGGGUCCCUGCUGAGGUGACCGCCGCCACUCUGAACCGUGUGGACCUUCAAAGGGCCGCCAUUGUCCUUGGACACCGUGUGCAGAGACCGCUGGCCCAACCUGUGGAGACGAUCUCUGUCCCUCCAGCUGAGACUCAGAGCAGCAGCAUCUGGCUGAUUGUCGGUGUUGUUGUCCCAGUUGUACUGGCCGUCUUCAUCAUCAUCAUCCUGUACUGGAAGCUCUGCGGUUCCGAGAAGCUUGAGUUCCAGCCGGACGCCAUUAACACCAUCCAGCAGAGGCAAAAGCUUCAGGCUCCCAGCGUUAAAGGCUUCGACUUUGCAAAGCUUCACCUGGGUCAACACAGUAAGGAUGACAUCAUGGUGAUCCAGGAGUCCGGUCCACUUCCUGCACCAGUAAAGGAAGCCACGCCCUCCGAUGGCGGAGACCUCAACACCCCCAAAUCCAAAGGAUCAUCCACCAAGGUGUCGCGGCCGAGCCGCCGCAGGGGGAGGCUCAGCCCAUCAGACGGCGACUCGUUAGGAAGCGACCAAUCGAGCGGCAGGGAGUCAGCAGAAGAAAGCACCCGACCUGUGGCCACACCCAGCGAGGGGAAACAGCACAGGAAGACACCCAAAAAUGGGAGGAGCAAAAUGGGUGCUCCAUCAGGCAGCGGCCCGGACGAACUGCUGUCCUCGUCCUCCAUCUUUGACCAUGUGGACCGCCUGUCCCGCGGGUCAUCUGACGGCACCCGUCGUCAGGCCAACAAGGUGCAGCUCAUCGCCAUGCAGCCACGUCCGAGCCCACCGCAGCCACAUGCCCCAUCACAGCCAAGCCCCUCCCUCACUGAAAAGGUCAACACAGAGGUGGCGCUGCGGCACAAGUCAGAGAUCGAGCAUCACCGGAACAAACUGCGACAGCGUGCUAAGAGGCGGGGCCAGUGCGAGUUUCCCUCCAUGGAUGACAUCAUGGACGCAUUUGGAGAUGGUCCAGUUCAGAGUGAGGCGGCACAGCGACUCUACAGCUCUGCCCACGACCACAUGGACUGCAUCCUGCAGGCCGAUGCUGCCUCACCCCCAACUCCCACCGACUCCAGGAAAAGAGGGAGGCGCUCUCCUAGGAGUCGGCGGGCUCAGCCAGGACCUGGAAGUCUUCCUGACACAGACAGAGACCGGCUGCUCACCGAUCAGAGCGCCACCUACAGGAAAUACCCCGGACUCAACAACGUGGCCUACAUGGUGAGGCAAACAAAAUUUAACCAUCAAAUAAGCAAGUCGGACCCCGACCUGCCCCCGGACCACGGCAGCCCCUCCCCCACUGACGAGGUCUUUGACCCUGCCCCGGCCCCGCCACCCUACAUGCCCCCCCAGCCCUCCAUUGAAGAGGCCCGGCAGCAGAUGCACUCUCUUCUGGAUGACGCCUUCGCCCUGGUGUCGCCGUCCUCGCAGGGCAGCGCCGGGGUAAGCUCUGCCCUGCCCAGCCCCUCCCCUCAGAGCUGGCCCCCAAACCAGCAGUGGGGCUCUUACCCAGCAGCCCCCCCUCACAGCCCCUUCUCUGCAAGAUAUGCAGAGCUGGGGAUGUCCCCCACCUCAGUCCAGGGCCUCCUGCAGAGGCAGGGGCUGAGCUCAGGAGGGUAUGUGUCUACUGGAGAUCAGCUGCAGGAGUCCAUUUACUCCAACAGGGGGCAGUAUGAGGACCCACCCUCCUCCUCUAGACCUCGACCUGUAGGAGGGAGCACAGGUGCACAGCUCCAUCACCUGACCCAGGUGGGUCUGUCCAGUCAGAUUGGUGCAUACCCUGGGGUGGGUCGCAGCAUGUCGGGCCCCACUGGCUCUAGCUGGAAUCAGCAGCAUUCAGACCAGGACCUUUCCAGGCCGGGAGCCAGCAGAGAGAGCGUGAUGUCCUUUCCUGAGUUCUCCUCUUCCUCUGUUUUCCAGAUGCCCAGCUCCUCAUUGCGGGACCCGUCAGCUCCACCUCUCCUCCUGACCUCACCUACUCCAGAAUAUCCGCCUGAGGAUGCAUCACCAUCCGCCCACACCUCCGCCUCUCUUAUAAAGGCCAUCAGGGAGGAGCUGCGACGUCUCGCACAGAAACAGGCGGCAGUGACCAGCUACCCGUAAACUGGUUUGGACCUCUUUGGAUCAGGACUCAGCUGGUUUUGAAAGUUUUAAACCACAUAGAACCUGAAAGGUCUAAGGGAAACCAUGAAACUAACCAAUUUACACUCUGGGCUCUGUUGAGCUAGUGUACGUCUGUGCCGGUAAAUCCAAAACAAGUCUGGACCACAAUCCAUGUCUGAAAACUUGGACGUCUCUCCUGGAGACCUCCGGUACUUUACAGGGUCCUGAACUGUCUGUCCGUCACUCUCAGCUCUGUUUCAUUAGACAUGAGUUUGACUUGUAUUUUCCACUGAAGUGCUUCCUAAAGAGCAUCAUUAAUGAUCAUCCUUCCUGAACCUCUUGAUUCAGUCGUUACUUUUUAGACAUCUGGAGCAGCAAUUCAUUCCUGAACUUGUGGAGUAGAUGGUCCUUGAUGGUCUUCAACACUAUUGGCCUCUUGGUCUUCUGGAGUUUAGUCAUUGGAGAGUUCAUUCUGGCCUCCUGGAGUUCUUGAGGGUUUUGAGGGGUUUGGUCCAGCCUAAUAUUGGGGGACUGUUGGAGCAGCUGCUUUUAUUAAACCCAGUUCUAACUGCAAGAUCAGUAUUUGAGACCAGUCUAGAGUGAACUUUAUGUUGACUGCACCAGCCAGCCUUAACUAUGCCCGGUGGUAGCAAGCUCGUUCACUCGAACAUGCACAUGAAGAUGGGUGUUGCGUAACAGCAAGCAUUCUUGCUAACUGUUUACUUUUGGUGUUUUAGUGGUUAACACAUUUACUUGGGAAAUAAAAGGUCACUGGUUUAAUUCUAGUUGCUUGAGGAAGGGCCUUCAUUGUAAACCUCUACCACAUCAAACUUGUACAGCUGUUGUGACCCCCUAUGGUAAGAGAGCAGCUAAAAACAGCUUUUUUAAUUUAGAUGAAAGUAAAUUUAAUUUUUUUUACUACAAAUAAGAAAAUUGAAACAUCAUUAGUUAUCUCAAGGACACACUGAUCGCCAAGCAGUCUAACGUGAUAGAACAUGAGAAGCAUGGCAUUAGGACCUAAAUAAGUCAUUUUAUUGACCGGGCAUAGACAGAAGACCUCCUGGGUAAAACAAGGAUAUGGUCAUGUAAUUGUUGAUGCUCAUGAAGCACAAGUGUGAUAAAGUGCAGCACCACUAAAUGCUCGGUCAUGAACCAACUCAAACUUUAAGGCUCUCCAGUCAGUUCAAACAGAUCAAGAGAGUCAACUCCUCGUUGUUGUAUCUGUAACAGUCUGUCUAGCUUGCUUGUUGUAAAAUUAAUUUAUUGCUCAUAGAAACAAAUGCACAGUGGCUCCGUGCCUCAGAGGGUCCUGGUUUUGAGCUUGGGUCGGAUCUGCUAUGCAGUGGUUGUAUGUUUUUGUUGUGCUGGUGAAGUUUUCUCCGGGAGCUCGAGUUUUCUCAGUGUUGAUGAAUGUACUAGGUCAGGUAGCUUAUCUUGUUUCAAAUCAGUCCGCUAAAAGAGUGUAUAGUUCUCAACAAUUUCAUUUUCUGGUUUGAAGAACAUGCCAAGAUUUGCAAGAAGACUUAAGGCUGAAUGGUGCAACUACCAAUACUUCUCAGGCCUGACUUAGAACAUCAGGUUAUGAAUACCUUCUUAAGUUAGUGCAACCAACCUUUGGAGAAGAACUUCCUUCUUCUAGUCUUUCAGAACUUCGUGAUCGUUCCUGGAGUUCUAGAGUGAAUGGAUCUCCAGGGAAUCUAUCCGAUGGAACCUCUGCGAAGUGCUGUCCUUAAUGGCCUUCUGGUGGUUCAUCCUAUUGGGGUAGAUGGUUAUUCUUGACCUGUUGAGUGGAUAUUUCCCUCUGGACCAAUUCCUCCUAAAGUUCUGAAGUGGAUUGAUUCUCUGGACCUUCUGUGGUGCUAACUGUCAGCCUCAUACCAUCUUGUCAUUAACCACUAAUUGCCUUCCACACUCCCAUCAGCCACGGUGGUCAGGUGUCUGUUCAUAAACCAUAUCAAUGAGGUCUUUGCACUGUCGACAGCUGGAGGUGCCGCACAGUUCCUGCUGCACGGGGAUGCAAAACAAGAAAAAUAAUAUUUAUAGCUAUCUAUAAGAAUGAAUAAAUAUAUGUAAAGAGAUAGAAUCCCAAUGAGCACAAUAUUAAUGUAAGAGUUAUUACUGGAGUAUUGAGAUGUUACUUAUUUUUUAUUGCUUAUAUAUGAAAGUAUACUUUAAAUGCUUUAUUUUGAUCAAAAAAAAGACCAAACUACUGUUCUAUGGUUGUAAUCCUCUUGUGUUUAAGCUCGCUGUAGAUUUUGAGCUAACAUUUGUUUCUCUGUGGAAACGUUGCUUAGCGUAGCCGCUCGCUCGCUCGCGUGUUCAUGUAUCGGUGGCAAUGAAAAAAAAUUCAGCUAAUGCAUUGCUUUGGUAUCAAGCUUUUUGUCGCUGAUUUGUUGCAUCCAUCAGUCUGUGAGCAGAGCGCUGUAGACAAGUGGGUAAAAAGUGUUUGUGAGAGAGGGGAACUAGUCGUUCAUCACCGCCGCAAGGUGGUUCUUCCUCAGACGAGAGCUGCUUCAUAAACUCACUGAGAGAUGUCUCGUCAGAGCUGCCUGAUGAUCCUGAUGAAGGGAAAAGCAAAUAGUGAUAAGGUUUAUAUGUCCAGGACUCCAGGCUGAUCUUUUGUCUCACAUGUAGAACACGUCAGGAAGUGCUCAUUUCAGCUGUACUCUUCAGUGAUACUCUGAGUACACUGUGUGGUUCAGGUGAGGGAUCUGCCCAGGAAAUUUCCCAUUAUGUUAGCUUCAUUGUUCUCACAUGAACUACAGACUUCAUGCCAGGACAUUGCAGGUAAAGGUGUUAAUGUUUAACCUGCAGCUCUAUCGGGCGAUUAAGAGCAUAAAUAACUUUUCGUUGUUUCAGCCUGUGGCUGAAUCCUCACACUCCCCUAAAAGGUUCGCACCGUUUCAUCAGGGGAGAAAAAUAAGGUUUGUCAUUACUGACCUUUUAUACUAUUGAAUAUUUUUAUUUUUAUUAUUGACCUUGUCCAGUGAGUGAAGUCUGCAGAAUGUUCUGGAAGCUUGUAGAAGACCGCUUUGCAGACAUGAUUGUAGAUCCAGAGAAAUGUCUCUCCAUGUGGACCUCCUGAUAUUGUCUCUGCAUCUAUUGUUUCAACCUUUAGUUUCAUGUCCUGGUUGCAUAGCUGAGCGGCUGGUUCCUCUCUUUGCUGAUUGGCUGUCCUCUCUGUGGUGUGUUGGUGGUCGGUCACUCAUGGUGAAGGUUUGUUUGCAUCUGCUCUCUGCUCUUCUUCAGCAUGUUCAACUAAGUUUGAGGCUUUAGCUAUUUGUGGUGUUGCAGUUAAUGUUUAGCAUGCUGCCAAAAGAUGUAAAAAAAGUGAAGAAUCGUUCCACAUCCAGUUAAGAGUGAGCAAAGAGUGAUUCAUGUCACAGUGCCAUGAAAGCACCGUUCAUCCAAGCACAGCCGGAAAAAACACACCAUGAGAACCAUCAUGUUUUUGUUUUUUAGGAGAUUUUUGAGUCUGAAUGAAGAUGCUUAUGGAUGGAGUGGAUAUGAUGUUGAAUAGAAACCUAUUAUAUACGGAAAAGAUUUUAUCUGUGAUUGUUCUGCUGAACAGACUCAAAGACACAACACAUUCGUCAUGAACCAGAAACCAACCGCAGAACUCUUUACCUGCUACAGACGAUCUGAUUGGACCUAGCACCUGUCAGUCACGCUGUAGGACUCAGCAAUGCCUACAGGAUCAAAUGGUGCUAAUUCAAUGACUCAAGGUGUCUGAAACGAUCAGAUCACCCCAAAAAUGGAAAAUAAUCCUGCAGGUGUCCGAAUAGCAAAGAAAAGUCUGACUUCUCAGCAAACUCUUCAUAAACUUCUCCUGAAUGUUUCUGUUUUCCAGAGACUCUGUUUUCUAGACCUGUGAUCCUCAGUAAGAGUCCAGCAGAUGAGCAGACACUCAGAGGAUGAUUUUUCAUGACAAAACUACUGAUCAGCACUCUGAGACCUGCUGAAGUUUGCGGGGAUCACGGUUGCUCCCCUCCCUACAGGCCGAGCCGGCCCAGUUGCUUUCGUGGACAAAAAAUAUGAAACUGUGGAGGUAUUGUACAGACGAGACAGGAGCUGUAACUUUCCAUUCCGACUUUAUUCAUCUCCACACAACAACUGACCACAUUGUGCCAAAAACCAGCAGAACCUCUCCUCCCGACCUUGGUGUGAGUGGAGCCCUCUGGUGGGCCACCACAAAACUGCAAAAACUGCUGCAGAGCAGAUCAGCAGCUGCAGGUGGAGGUGAUGGAGUCACGGCACAGGAAGCAUGUGGUCAGCUGAUCAUUAGCUUUAGUGGGGAGAACUUUGAAAACAGAUCUUUGAGACAGAUCAUUUGACAAACAGAUCUUGCGCAGACUGCAGCUGUCGGUGGAUCUCCUUCAGAAGCUUUUAAAACAAACCUGCUGCUGCAUUGGCACAUCUUUAAAACUUAUCAGUUUCAACUUUGUUCUGUUGUUUUUGAACAGAGUUUAAAGGAUCUGAUAAUUAUUUGUUUCAAAAUUUUAAACCGAUUCUAUGUUUUAGCUACUAUUCCAGCUUUUCCUGUUAUCUCAAACUGCCCACUAAAAUAAGAGCUUGGACAAGCUUUCCCCUGCCAAAAUCAGUAGCUGUAUCUGCACCAGCAAUUGAAACUGUUUUCAGGUGUUGACCUUUGACCUGCAGAGAGCUUUGCUUUCGCCAGGGUUUCAGAUUUCCCCUCUGUCAGUAGUUUUGUCAUGAAUGAACUUCUGUACGGCUGCUCCGAGUCGAACCACAUUCCUGUUGUUCCUCUUCAGGCUCCGUUUCCACGCACCGCCUCGCCGAUUUACACACUUACACCAGGUGAGAGCAGGCCCCAGGUGUGGUUCAGGUAACUUGGUGAUGCUGCUUCAUGGAAACAGAGCCUGGGGGAGUUCUUUUAAUGUCGAGUCAGUGAGCUGGGAACACUGCCAGCAGCCUCACCUGUUCCACAGUGGCCAGAUGAGUGUGCCGCUAACCUGUGCGGGUCACAUUGAUAGGAUCUGUUCUACCCUGCCUCUGUGUGAGCUGCACCCUGUGGUGUUUCAAGUCUGACAGACUGUGUUCAAAACAUUAAAGAGACAUGUUCAGAUUCA